CGCGACACGGGCUCGUAAUUUUCUGCUUCUUUACUUCCAACUCCCCUCCACCGCUCCUCGGAUCUGGAAGAGUAACCCGUUCCGAAGCGCGAGGCAUCCGUGGGUUCGAAUAUUAAGCGAGCGUCCCUCGAUCCGCGGGCUCGCCAGCGCAAUUCUUCCCUUUGUAACGCGCGACCAGUUCUCGACACAAGGGCUACUUUGUAGCUCGACAGAUCCAUUGUCACCAUGGCGACCCGAUAUUCACUGAGGCAGACUCCCAAGAAAAAGGAGCUCUUCGACGGCUUGGUCGAAACUCCAAAGCGAUCUUCGCGCACCCGCCAAGCCUCACAGGCUCCUGAUGCGUCAGACGCCGAGGAUUCUGCAUCUAUCGCCGAAACUGCAAGCCCUCGCAAGAUUUCACGCCGCCGCACCGCCAAGUUUAUCGAGAAUUUGGACGAGGAGGAAGAUCUCAAGCCCGCCGUCAAUGGCACCGCCAAUGGCUACAGCAAUGGCCACACUAACGGACAUGCCAACGGACACGCCAACGGCCACACCAAUGGCAAGGCCAAUGGGUAUUCAAAUGGACAUACAAACAGACACGCCAAUGGCCAUUCUGACAAGGACACCAAUGGAGCAUCCGCCGAGGAGAAGGCGAUAGACGGCUGGAAACCAGGCCAGGACCCCAAGGUCGACUACUCAGGCGAGUUCGAAUUUGGCGGCUCAGUAGGCACUCUAUGCAUGAUGAUCUUCUUCCCAAUGCUCAUGUGGUACAUGUGGAUUGGUACUACGUAUUAUGGCGGCAAGUUCCCAACCCGCGCUCCCGGUGAAAGCUGGGCUGAUUUUGGCCUUCAUCUGGCCAACAUCGUCUACACGCGCGCGUUCCCUCACACCAAGGCAUGGGUAUGGUACUGGAGCUACCUCAUCUUUGAGGGUGCAUGCUACUGCCUUCUUCCUGGUGUCUGGGGCAAGGGCAAGCCCCUCCCACAUGAGGGCGGCAAGCAGCUCGACUACUUCUGCAACGCCUUUGUUAGCUUGUACACGACCCUCGCCGUCUUUGCCGCCCUGCACUUCUCUGGUAUUUGGCCCAUCUACACGGCCCUCGAUGAGUUCGGCCCUCUCCUGUCGGUUGCCAUCUUCAGCGGCUUCAUUGUGAGCUUCAUCGCUUACUUCUCUGCUCUGUGGAGAGGCAAGCAUCACCGCAUGACUGGCUAUCCUAUCUAUGACUUCUUCAUGGGUGCUGAACUUAACCCUCGCAUGUUUGGCAUCCUUGAUUUCAAGAUGUUCUUUGAGGUUCGCAUGCCCUGGUACUUCCUGCUGAUUCUUAGUCUCGGCGCGGCUGCUCGUCAAUACGAGCAAUAUGGCUAUGUUUCUGGUGAGGUCAUGUUCCUUGUCAUGGCGCACUACCUGUAUGCCAACGCUUGCGCCAAGGGCGAGGAGCUCAUCAUAACUACCUGGGACAUGUACUAUGAGAAGUGGGGUUUCAUGCUCAUCUUCUGGAACCUUGCUGGUGUCCCUCUGUCAUACUGCCACUGCACCCUUUACCUGGCUAACCACGAUCCCGCCACCUACCGCUGGGACCGCUUCGCUCUGGUUGCCAUGUACGGCGCUUACCUCUUCUGGUACUGGGUAUGGGACAGCUGCAACAGCCAGAAGAACCGCUUCCGCGCCAUGGAGAAGGGAAACCUCAUCCCCCGCAAGACUUUCCCCCAGGUGCCAUGGCAGACCCUCAAGAACCCCAAGACUAUCAAGACUCCUCAGGGAACCAUCCUUGUCGAUGGCUGGUAUGGCCUUGCUCGCAAGAUUCACUAUACCUCUGACCUUUGGUUCUCUAUUUCAUGGGGUCUGAUCACAGGCUUUGAGAGCCCCUUCCCCUGGUUCUACCCUGUCUUUUUCGCCUGUAUGAUUGCCCACCGCGCGCAUAGAGACAUCACUCGCUGCCGCGCCAAGUAUGGCGAGGCCUGGCUCGAAUACGAGCGCCAGGUCCCUUAUCUCUUCAUUCCCUACGUCAUCUAAGAAGCAUUUUGUUGUUCAUGUACCGAGUUUCUAUUCUCUCUCGCACAUAUUAUCCCCCUCUUCUCGCUCUAGAGAGGAGCUUUCUGAAUUUUAAUUUCAGCGUGCAUGCGACCAAAUUACACAGCGGGCAUAAAAAAAGGGUAAGGUAAACUUGCUUUCUUAUCAAUAAAAGGAGGAAGGAAGGAAAGAAGGAAGGAAGGAAGGAAGGAAGGAAGGAAGAAAAGAUUGGGAAAAUGAUUGAGAUGGGAUUUUCAUAAAAUGAUGUAAAAACGGCAAGAUAUAUGAGAAUCAGGAUAUGCCCAUGGCUUUAAUGUUUGUAUUAUGUAGUUUUAAAAUGGAUAAACAUAUCCGAUAAUAGUCUAGCAGUUUUAAUUAAUGGCAUAUCAUAUCAAUACACA